GCGCCUGCCGCGGGCAUCAUGAGCGCCCAACCGAAGGACGAGAUCCGGGACAUCGUUCUCAAGGAUCUGCAGCUGAUCCAAAAUCGUCGCGUGGAACUGUCCAAGCGUCUCGCCGAGGACUUUGACGGGACCAUGUGCUACGUGCGGGAUCUGUUCGAGCAAUUGUCACAGCCGUCGUCCGGCCCGUUCGUCCCGAAGACGCCCAAGGUGCUGCGGAAGAAGGCGGUCCAGCGUAUCGAGACCAUACCGGAGGACGAGGUGUACAAUCAGGAAAACGUCAUCUCGUCAACGAGCCUCCUUCAGUCUGUCAAAGAGGAGGAGGAAAAGGAGAGCGACGUAACGGGCGGUAGGGCCAAGAGGCAGGCGUCCAAGAGAGCAGCGGACAACAUCAAGAAGCAAAGCUUCGCCUCUCCAGACGAAGUUCUCGAGAAGAAAGCAAAGAGAGAGAGCCAGGUUAAAAGGAAGAAGUCGAUGAGCAGUUCCGAUGAGGAUAACGACAGUAAAGUUGAGGACAGUUCAGCGGGCGCCAAAGAACCGGCGAGAAGAGUGACGAGGAAGAAGUCCAAGCUGACCGCUCAGUUCGCUGUGCCUGCUGACAAAGCCAAGGAGAGCAAAAAGGCGAGGAAGGACGAUAGCGCGGUGUCGCUGGCUGUACAAUGCUCCAGUAGGACGAGCUCUAACACAGCGAGCUUCAAGAGUUCCAGCAGUGGGCAGGACAAGGUCGACGCGAUCGUUGCGCCUGUCGCAGAUGAAGUUGAGGAGCUGUCUAUGUACGAGGAUGCGAUCGGGAAGCCCGUUCCGAUUAUGAAUUCGACCCAAAAUAUCAGUCCCCUUGUGCAUAAGCCGUUGAACAUUACCGUGGUAUUGGAGCGUUUACCACAACAGCCAAAAUUGAACGAAACAGUGGUGAUCCAGGGGACGGCGGGCACGAGAAAUAGCAGGUCCUCGAAGAGCGGAGGAGCCAGGAAACAGUCGCAAGACGAUAAGCGGUCGUACAAGGCGCCCGCGCAACACGAUGACUGCAACGGACUGAUCACGGAUGACGAAUCGUCGCCCGAGGUGAAAAGGCCGAAGAAGCAGCUUGGUAAGAAGCAGAUUAAUAAAAAGGCAAAAGCCAGAGUCUUGCAGUCCUCUAGCGAGGACGAGAUCCCUAAUACGCCUAAUACCAUGAUGAAGACGCGCAUCAGGGACGCGAUUGCGCCCGCGCAAGCACAAGAGGGCAAAGCGACGUACAAGUCGGGCGCCUUGUUCAGUCCUUACGCAAAGGAGUCCGUGAAGAAGCGGGUCGAAGCGUUCGAGCAGGCGGUUAUGCACAGCCCGAGACCGGUUGACGUAGAGUCUCCGGUCAGAGUAACUAGAACGAAAACUCGCGCAAUGGCUGCCAAUGCGGAGACCGAGGUGGAAGCGAAGAAUGCGGAGAAAACUGUUGCGCAAAUAUUAGCUCGUAAGUCGCUCGUGAAGGCGAAGAAGAUCUCGUUGGCGAGACAAAAGAAGAAGAUCGACGAGAGAAAAGAGGUAAAAGAAACCGCGAACAAAGAACCACUGCCAGAACGAAUUAACACGUUGUUGGCUCAAAGUGAUAAGCCAGACGCGAAGCAAACGCAGCAGUUGAAAACGACGCCUUUAAGCAAAUUAAAAUUGAUGCAGCCCAUAUUGUCUGUGAGUCGUCUUCAGACCCCUUCGAACACGCAAACUCUCCUAAAUCAUUCGAAGGCAACUGUCCCGCGCGCGAACGUCAUUACUGGCAUGGAGUCUUUCAUUCAACCCUUAAAGAGCGCCACCAAGAUCAAUUCGGUGGAUAGAGUGGAGGAAAAGAGACGGCAGGAGGAGGAUGCGAAAAAGAAGCGAGAGGAAACCUUGAGAUUACUGACGGAGGAGAAGAGAAGGAAACGGCAAGAGAAAGAACUGAAGAACAAAUUGGCGAGAGAGGUCAAGGAGAAAGAAGAAUUAGAAAAACGGCGUAAAGCCGAGAAAGAGAAGGAGGCGAAGGCGAGGGUGGCCCUUAUGAUGCAGGAGAAGCAACGCGAGGAGUUGGAGAAGAAGCGUCUCGCCGCGUUGCAACGAACGCAGGAGAAGGAGGAGCGCCGCAAGUUGGAGGAGCAACAGAGAUUGCUGAGGUUGCAAGAGCAAGAGGAGACGGAACGUACGCUCGCCGAGCAAAGACGUCGGGAGCAAGAAGCCGAGAAGCGUAGGGAGGCGGAAGCGAGGGCCCAACAAGCCACCGCCACCGCCGAAGCGUUGAAACAGAAAAAUCAGUUGCUUGCGGCUCAAGUCAAGCACAAGCAACAAAUCAACAAUAAAUACCAAGGUGCCGUGACUUACGUAUUAGAUAGUGAACCUGAUGAUGACGAUUCAGAUGACGAAAGCAGACCGAAACACGAGAUACCGCACUGGGCACAAGCACAUGUUCGCAAAGCGCAACUUACAAUGCAGCAAUAUAUCCCCGAGGCGAUAAUUUAUAAGUUCUUCGAUACUCGUAAGUGCACGCCAGAUUUGACCGAAAUGUUCCAUGGUAUAGAUAGAAGUCGACUGAAGCGUACGUCCAGUGCAAUCUGGAAAACUCCACCGCGUAUUUCCAUGAUGGAAGCCGAACUUGUUUUACCAAAAUUGCCAUAGAGUCGCACAGAAAAUACCUAAGUGUGGACAUGAUCAGAGAUGCCAUGAGGACGCGUGGUUCGUUGUUACAUCUUACAACGGAGAUGCUCGCAAAGUUACGACAUAGCAUCUUUACAACUGGACAAUGUUUAUUUUACUUAUUUAUAUAUCAUCAUUAUUAUAUUCGCUAGAGUUGUAGAAGAAAGCAUGUAUGUAAUUAGAUGAUCGAUUCAGUUAGUAAAUAAUUAGAUCGAAAGAUAAUUGUUAUACGAAUACGAGUUUUACUAAUUUGAAUAAAAACUAAAUUAAUAUCUCA